GAUGAUGGGGAAUAAGGAGAGUCUCCUGCUACUACUACUACUACUACUAGCAUGUUGUUGAUAUUGUUGAACUUUCAUCUUUGACGAUCAUUCCACCUCGAAUAUUCCAAGUGCGAUAUCGCUCGCAAUGUGGACUUGUCACAAGUGUGGAAAACCCGUGUUCUUUGCUGAACGAAGACAGUCUUUGGGAGUGGAUUGGCAUCCCUGGUGCUUGAAAUGCGAAGAAUGUGGAAAAAUUCUAAAGAUUGGCCAACACUCCGAGCAUAAAGGCACUCCGUAUUGUGAUAUUCCAUGCUACUCAGCACUGUUCGGACCCAAACUUUUCGGUCACGGCUCUACUGUGGAAUCUCAUCAGAGUUUUGGUCAAAGAUCCAAAAGCUUCAUUCGCGAGCAAAAGGAUUUGAUGCGAAAUAUCCGUGAGUACAAUGCCUUUAAUUCACGGAGACCCGAUUCUGGAGGGGGGAAAAUGGAGCUGGUCCAUCGGGAAGUCAAUUCCAGAAUGGUUUUAGAAGGGGUCCUCCGGGUCUAUUGGGGUGUGGACACGAGCAUUCGCUUGAGGGAGUUCGACGACAAGCGCAUCAUUGCCAAAAUGGAACGGCAGCGAAAGGCCAAAUCCUUGGGUUGCCCUCCAUUGGAUGACCCGGCAUUUCAGCAUCUUGAGCAAUUGGAAACAAAAGCGGAGACCUCCACCUUAAAUGGAACGCAUCCCCAAGGAUGUGAUGAUGGUGUUGUCCGGCAGAAAUCUCUUGAAGCUCAAUUAGAAUCCAAUGGUCAAAACGGGUCAGAAAAUAUAGCCGAAAAUGCCACUGACCGGCAACAAUCGGAACCAGAUCUGUGCCAAUCGGUUAAAAUGAGAGCCAAAGACUCGGAUUCCUCAAUCGACAAAGAUGCGGACCGCCGCAAAUCUUUUAACGACAUUCACCCGUUGACCAAGAGAUCCCGCUUUCAGACCAUGCCAGUUAGACUGGCUCAAGACGAAUGGGAUGAAAUCGAUGAGCUGUUGGCGGUGGAGAGAUUUGGCGAGACGGAUCGUGUGUAUCACACGAUUUGCACAGGGGCCACACUCCCGGCCAAAUUGGGGGAACAGGAAAUGGCCAUAUUGGGGCGAGGAGAACCUCAACGGGACAUACCAUCCGCAGUGUCGACCAGGAGCAGCACUCUGGAAAAGCUGUUUUGGGCACGAAAAUCAGUUUCGGAAGAGACAUCCGAGAGUGCGAGUCAAGAAUUUCAAAGUCUACCCACUUACCUGUCCGACCAGGAUGAGGUUGGCCAGACCACUCGGAAUCUGAAGGACCCCUUAAUUGAGGCUGAAACGGUGAAGGAGCCGGAGAAACGGAAAGGGGGUCCCAGAGCACUUCGCCGUAGACAUGGCAAGAAGAUGGACCGGUCAAAGGUUCGCCGGAAAUCCAGUAUCAACGGCCAUUGGUAUGACCGCGACACGUCGGUGUUCACUCCCCCCAAAGGCUCAAGCAUGUCCGUCUAUGUCACCAGUUUACUGCCAACCAAUGAGGUGCUCCGAAUGAUCCUGGAAAAGUAUCAAAUUGAGAGUGAGCAAAACCAAUUUGCUCUGUACGUUGUCAAGGAUAAUGGAGAGAGGCGCCUGGUUACCGAUUGUGAAUUCCCGCUCCUUCUGAGGGUCAAUCUGGGAGCUGACGAAUCCGUGGCCAAGCUUUACCUUCUGGAUCGAUCGUCCACCACCGAGAUUGGGCACGAAGUCGCCCAAUACCUUAGGUUCUCCUAUGCCGAAUGCAGAGCUAUCUUGAAUAUGUUUUAUGAGGAAGAGGAGCACGAAGUGGAAAAAAUCAAGUACAAAUAUCAAGCCAUGAAGAAACGAAUUCGUGAACGAAUGUUUGACCUUCGCGUUCGGUUCUGACAACGGUCAGUCCCAGAAAUAUGCGAUUAUCAUUGCUCUCUCUUGAACAACCAUGGAAUGCACAUUAUACCAAUAACCCUCCAUAGCUCACAAUCAGUCAAGUGUGUAAUGUUCAAAUCAAGAAUUAGAUCGUAUACAAACUAUGGAAUAUAUAUUUUCUCUCCUAACAACAAA